GUCUAGCCUAAACAAGUCAUUUAGAGUGGACAUGAUGGGGAAGACGCAGUUUACUCUCGGUUAAGCGUUUAAAGAAGUACAAAAUACAACUUUCAGCUUCUCGUAGCAUGACUAAAGCUCUAGUGUGCGUUUUUAAGUAACUUACAGUCCCUUUUGGAAGGAUGGCAGCCCCCAGCAACUCUCUUCAGCAGUCCAGAGUGAGGCGCAGCAAUGCGGGCUCCCCCGGUUCGUUCACCAACGCCAGCUGCCGCCUGCACCCCAUCCGUGCCACCGUGCCCUACCAGCUCUUGCGUGGCGGUCAGAGCAGCCCGACGCGGCACAACCUCCACGGGGGGGCCGCGGGCAGCCGAGGCUCUAGUCCCCCUUCCAGCCCGACUCUCCUCCCAGGAAGUGGAGUCGCCAGGCAGAGGCUGUCUCCAGAAAACAGGGACUCCUGUCCUCCAGACUCGCCUGUUUCCAGAGCAGAAAGGUCCAGGCUGCAGAUGCGAACCUCCAGUGCCAUCCGGCGGACGUCUUCCCUGGACGCCAUCACGGGGCCGUACCUCACCGGCCAGUGGCCCCGCGAUGCACACGGACCUUACCCCUCCUGUAUGAAAGACAAAUCUACUCAGACUCCAGGUCUCUGGAUGGACGAGGGAGUGGAACAGGGAAGUCCACACCAAAGGUCUGCCUCCUGGGGCAGUGCCGACCACCUCAAGGAGCAGAUCGCCAAGUUGAGACUGCAGCUUCAGCGCAGCAAACAAGUCAGCCGGCAGAGCAAAGAGCGCGACGCCACUUCUGCAACGCAACACACGCCACACGGCGCCUCGUGUCCCGCACAGCACAAAGGCUGUUCAUCCACACAGUCAACAAUCCCGCUGCCAAAGACGCUGAUAUGUCGAGUACCAAGCAGCGUGGAGGGCAUCAACCACGAGCUGGAGAACGUCUUCAUCAGAGAGGACUGGGAGCACGGUAUACAGGCCACAGAUGCUGCUGACGGACGGCGCGCCCCCUUCCCAGUCCAUCGCUAUAGCAACAGCGGGGAGACGCGUGACACCGAUACACAGGCCCCCUCCAGCGGCGAGUCAAGCCCGUCGCCCCACCCCCUCAGCCCCGAACACCUGCACUCCCCCGACGGGAGCCCCUCCUCCGCAGAGGACGUGGACAAAGACGGCGUGUGUAGUUCUCCUCUCCCAAAGUUCGCCACCUCACCCAAACCCAACAACAGCUACAUGUUCAAACGAGAGCCACCAGAGGGCUGCGAGAGGGUCAAAGUGUUUGAGGAGAUGGUGUCAGGACAAUCCAAAGGUUUCCCCCUCUUCUCGUGUCCCGACAAAAACAAGGUCAACUUCAUCCCACGAGGCUCCGCCUUCUGCCCCGUCAAGCUGCUCUGCUCCUCCCUCUUCUCCCCGGUGUCCUGCGCCUCCGUUGGCCCCGGCCCCCACGGCGACGACGCCCAGGCAACUCCCGCCACCCCCCUGCCACCGCCCUCUGACGCCGUCACGCACGGCCCGGAAGCCGAGACGGGAAAGGACGGCCCUGCGCAACUUGUCAUCACCAGCUUGUCCUCAGGUAUUUAAGAGGAAGAUGCUUCUAAGGAGAAAAAUACACACAAAAAAAGCUUGCACUCCGUUAGUCUUAAGUUUAGCCAGCAGGGGGUGCCCAAGCUCCAGCGUGUAGAGACUGGACCCAUCCCCUCCCCCAUCUGACUCAUUACCACAAAUAGCUUUUGCUUUGUUUUUAAUGGCGUUCAAAGUUUGUCAGCUGAAACGUCCAAUCAGCUUCUUAACACUUCCUGUUAGCGCAGCAGACUAACUUUUAUAUUAUGGGAUGGCCUCAGUCCACGUCGAGUUGUUUGUGUUGCAGCCACUAUUUGCCUUCCUGCACGAUCACGACGAUCAGCAGUUUUUCUUAGCGAGAGGCUAAAAGACUGGAGAGAGGAGGGAAGGGAAAAAAAAAAAGACGACUCCGCUUCCCUGCUACACAGCGGUCUUUAAUUGCGGAACAAAACAACUCAGGUUGGUGUGGAAUGUUCUUGUUUGGACCGUCACCCUCCUUGGAGACAAGUUUGAUACAAAGCCAAUCAGCAGAGUGACAUCACAUCGUGGAACCUUUUUUUAAGCUUUCAGGUGCUACCACACGUUCCACAGGUGGUGAUGUACACAAGCCCCACCCUCUUAAAGCGAUAGGAUGACAACGUACCAAAGCAAAGGGCCUGAGUAGGAAGCGUCAUGUGUGGAGCAUGGAUGCUAAUUGCUAACCCAGGUUGAAGUACGCACUUGAGCAUGACAUGAUAAACACCCCCCUGCCACCUUUAUUGUUUUUUACAUUUAGAUCACUUUGCAAUUUGAAACAAUCAAACGUGUACAAUGAACAAAGUGCACAAAAAGAACCACUGAGGAUUGAAGUGGUUGGGUGUGCACGUCUAUGUGCGCACACAAGCACAGACGACCAACGUAUGCAAUGCAUUCCACAACACACACUCACACUCUCAGUUUAAAUCCUGAUUGUGUCGCUGAUAUGCUGAUUGUGUGCAUGAAGCAACAGUGACUCACUUCCCCUGUGUAGUGUGCAUCUGUGUGUUUUUUUCAAUAAAAGACAAAAAAAAAAACCUACAAGAAGUUCCUUUUGUGACAUUUGUAUGCUAACUGUGCUUACUCAUAAGACAACAACCCUCACACACACCUUGUCCAACAUGUCAUCUCAGUGUAGCUAAUACCGCGGCACAUGCAGCAUGCAUAAAUCCAAUCCAGUAGAAAUAUUUUCAUCAUGUUCCAAAACUCAGUGCCAACAAUUUAAAGGGGUAGCUUGGAUGUCUUGACAUUAAGUUGUAUGACAUCCCCAUCAGCAGUGACUCCCCCACCCCCACCCACCCACCCCAUCUAAUAAGAAUUAAAACAAAAAUAAAAAAUAAAAAUACAGGCCCAGAAUCACAACUGAAGUACAUCUAAUCAUCAUGUGUCGUAAGCCAGUCUGAAUAAAUGAGUUUUUAAAAGAGAUUUAAAAACUGACAACUCUGUAGUAGAUCGUAGCGCAGGUGGAAGGGAGUUCCAAAGUGUUGGGGCAAACGAAGCAAAAGCAUGAUCCCCCCCAAUUUUUGUAUUUCAUCUUUGGGACUUCUAAUGUUGUGUGUUGAGAAGAGCGUAGGGCCCUGGAGUGGUGACGGACAGUUAAAAGCUCAGCCAAGUAUGCUGGAGCAAGGCCAUUAUUGAACACUAAAAUGGAUUCUAGACUGUACCGGGAUGGAGAGAACGGAGAACUGGAGUGAUAUGGGCGAUUUUGGAGCAUUAGUAGGAAGGCAAGCAGCUGUGUUUUGUACCAACUGGAGCCUGCGGAGGAGGGACUGAUUUACUCCAGUGUAGAGGGCAUUACAGUAAUCAAGCCUCGAGCUGAUGAAAGCAUGAAUUGCUUUUUCAAAAUCUGUACUUGACAAAAAGGGCUUCACCUUUGCCAGCAGCCUGAGGUGGAAGAAACUUGCUGUGACCACAGAACUCAUUUGCUUAUCAAACUUUAGACUGGUGUCAAAAAACACACCACGGUUUUUAACGGCAUAAGCAAAAAGAGGGGUGGGGGUGUUAAAAUUGGUUUCACUGUGCGGUGAAUUGGGAGUAAAAACAAAGUACUUCAUUUAAAUGAAGGAAAUUCUGUUUGAUGUCAUGAAGGCAGCUAUGGAAGGGAGCUAGUGCGUUUUUGUCACUGAGCAUUACUGGUAGGUAUAAAAAUGAAAAUGGAUAUUGUGUCUGGAGAUGAUUGGUCACAAGUCCAGUUAUCCAGUCCAGGAGCGUAGUUCCGGGUAGUUGCUGGAGCAACAAGUAAGGAGUUUGGCUUCUCACAGCAAUGCCAUCAAAAGAGGAAUGCAUUAGCAUCACAAAAAUUCCUCCUCCAAAAAAACAACAACAAAAAAAUUCAGACCUCACAAAUCGCUCUGCAUUAUUUUUGUCUUUCGUCGUAUCGCUGAGAUGAAGAUGGCUGCAACGCGUCACUUCUUCAUCCGCUGUGGAACACAAUGCUCACAGUUUCACGUUAUUGUAAUUACAGCACUAAAAUAUUCCUUUGAAAUACCACACAAUGUAACAGGAUUAAAGUGGAACAUAUGUAUUUAAAGUAAAUAAUUAAAAGCUUGUAAUGUUCUAUUAGUUCAUAGUGCCAGGUCACACUUUUCCACAAACCUUUGUUUCCGGGUCAUGUGAUUGUCGUUAGCAACUUAGACGUUAAAGGGAUAGUUGGGAUUAUUUGACGUGAAGUUGUAUGACAUCCCCAUCAGCGGUGUAGUACAUCAACAGCGACUCACCCCCCCACUUGUCUCCUAAGUCCAGUUCUGGUCAGAUUUCCGCGAAGAAGAAUGUAGUUCCAGGUCGUCGCUGGGGUUUCACAAAUAAGGAGUUUGGCUUCUGAAAACAAUACGCCUUCGAAAGAGUAACACAUUUGCAUCAGACAAAUGUAGCACACAGUCAUUUAUGAAGGCUGAUUUUUUCGAGUAGGCAUUUUUGUGACGCAAAUGUAUAAAACCUUUUACAGUCUUGUAAGCCUGUAUUAGACUCUCUGGAACUAUGUUCUUCAUCACCGAACUCCGACCAGAACGGGACUUAGGGGAGCAAGUGUGGGGUGAGUCGCUGUUGGUGGGGAUGUCAUACAACGUCAUGUGAGAACAUCCCAACUAUCCCUUUAAGUGCUUGUUACUUGUUGUUCAGUGGCGAGUAAACCACUUGUCCUCCACGUCAGUAAUAUGGCCUUGCCGGCACCGCUCAAUGCUAAUGACUUUUGGCAACACAUCCAAGCCCGAUAACAGGACGUGACAAAGUAUUUCCACGUAGUGGCCGUGCUGGACCUCCACUUUCUCUUAUAUUGUAGAAUUUCAAUGGUUUUGAACCGGUGACUUUUUCAUACCGCGGUACACACCUUGAAACCGGUAACCGGCCCAUGCCUACUUUGGGGCACCGAAAUAGUGGCCGAAUAAGAUAGGAUAAUAAACAAGCACUGCUCUGCAUGCGGGCCCAUAAUAAAAUGCUUUGCUCUUUUGCAGCAUUAGAGGCCGUUAUUGCUCAGCACGUACUGUGGGUCCAUAACACACGCACACAAUAAGAGUGCACACUAAUCACUCCACAUCACUUUACUCCUUAAAUGGUCAAGUCUGCAUGCAACAUGCAGCCAGUGCUAACAUUAAAUCAUCUCACAAACAGCCUGUCAUAUACAAAAUAGCGUAUUUCCUCCUAUAGUGGCUGGGGGGGGGGGGCUAUACACACAACAGCAGAGAGCACCAGGCCUUUCACACAAGGAGGUACAGUGAAUGGUACGCUAGAAUCCAUACCUCUAGCCAAACUUAAACUUCAGCUUUGCAGAUGCCACAUCUGUAUGACGCCUGCAGCGACACACACACACACACACACACACACACACACACACACACACACACACACACACACAAUGGGCUGCAAUGAACAUUUGUUUGCGUGGACGUAGCAGCUGGUAAUUUAAUGAGGGUGAGGCAUCUAUUUGAGGAGAUACUGUCUUCUGUUUCAGUGUUACGGGUGACAACAGAUGAGCGAUGCAGCGUCAUCAUCAAUGAGUCAGCAAGGUGUUCAUUGUCAACAGUAGCAAAAAGAAGAAGGCUUCCUUAUAAAAAUACCCUGAGGUGGAAACACGUAUUCAUGAAGUAAAGCAAGCAUAUUCUUGUCAUAUGCUGGAUUUUUUUUGGGCCCGCCAGCGCAAAGUUCCAGCAAAGUGGUCUUAAAUGGCGUAGAAACAAGCAAGGGGGCAAUAAGAUACGCAAUGCAGAGUCAUCCUCCAUGGAGGAGAGUUCCCUGGAGCCAUGGGUGUAGCUCAUGCUAAGGAAGUUAGCUCAGAACAACUUCCUGGCGACAACAGGAAGUGGUCUCGUUGAAAUAAAUGACAGCGUGUACCUUUCCAGUCUUUUCUUUCGUUGUCCAGAGAAGAGGCUACAGACGAGCUAGGCGUUAUGAAGUUGGUGCUCAGCGUCACUUUUGCCCACCGCGUCCGGGUUGGCGAGGGGGUCCAGGUCGGCAAACAAGUUGAACCACGCCGAGAGGUCUUUGGAUGUCCCGCCGGUCUCUGCGGAACCAGAAAAGACAUGUUGACAUGGCUAAAGAAUACUGCACUACGCUAACGUUCUUGCCUUUCACUGCUGCCUUCUGAUUGGCUCCUUGUGGGUGUUCCGUCACCGUGGCGACAGGAUGUGGAACGCUCUCAUCUGCACGUGAUUCAAAUGAAGAUUGAUCUUUAAGAGGUUUAUCUUUGAGAGUUGUGUGUGUCUUCUGGGAGACCACCUGAGAGGUGCAGGUUGUUCUGGUCCAAAAGCUGAGAUGGUAGAAACGGGGCCUGGGCGUCCGUCGCCACCUCCUCCCCCUCCCCCUCGUCUCCAAACACUUGUCUCCAUUCCUGCGAGAAGUCGCCAUCAUGCAGUGACAUUCCACCCAGGAUCUCCUCCAGCAAGGCGAGGCUGUCCUUCUCCUCCAUCGCUGACUCAGCUUCUCCUGAAAAACACGUCAACAUAAACAACGCAAGCUGUAAGAUGCUAGCUCUAAUAUACAUCACGUGUCAUGUCUAGCAGUAAUACUCUUUCCAAAUAUACAGUAUGUUCACGAAUACCUCAUCUUCAAUAUGGCCCAUUACUAGUAAACAAAAAAUGCAUGUUUAAGCAAAUUCUACACAUGUAGUACACUAGGUCCCCAACUUACAAACAUCCGACUUACAAACAUUUGCGGAUACAAACACAAGUCGACUGGUCUAUAUUUUAUUUUAUUUUGCCUUGUAGUACUCCAUCAGUAUUUCUACUGCUACUGCACAUGCUUGACCAGUAGAGGGCACUGUGACCCUGCUAAUGGGAACAACAGAGGAAGAGUUAGACUGGGGAGAUACAGUGUAAAGCUAAAUGGAAAGAUAAAUGAUAGAACCCGGACAGAGCGUGUGAUUAAAGUUUAUGAAGAGUUAAUAGGCCUGCUUAAUUCUACACCACCCACAGAACACUACCUCUUUUAGAAGAGUCUAACCACCACCACCAUUUGUCCUUUUUUUCAAUAACUCCUCCUCCUCCUCCACAACGACGUAUGCUCGACCACUCCUCUUCAAAGGUAAAUAACAUUUAUCAUUACGUAUUAUUAUAUCACUUUUAUUAUUGUUUUUUUCAUUCAUUAUCCUGGUUUAAUAUUACUACUGCAUCCAAACUCAUAUUUACAUACAUACACAUGUACUGUAUAUGUAUACACGUACAUGUAGUACCUAUAUCAUUGGUAAUACUACCUUUUCCCCUACUUAAGAACAAUUUGACAUAAGAACGGUCGUCUGGAACCAAUUGUGUUCCUAAGUUGGGGCCCGAGUGUAUUCUAUACAGGUCACUAGGUGUGCACAGUGGUACCUCGGUUAACAUCCGCCACGGUUAGAGCCUUUUUCAGUUAACAUUUUAAGGUGGUGGAAAAGGGAACCCAAUCAUGUGAACGAGGCACUUCGGUUGCAAGGCGUUGGCGGUGCUUUUAUGGGUUUUACAUUUGUCCAAUUUGAUGUUUUUGGUGAACAUGGUUGUUGUCCAAGCGUGCCCACUACAGGUAAAAUGUUAAAUGUUCACUUCUCCAGUUCAUAUGUGGUGUUUGUGGCAUUGUUUUAUGAAUGUAAAACAGACCUCUCUGCUUUUUUUGUGGCAUGAGUGCAGAAACAUUAAAAAAAAAGAAAAAAAAGGGAUUGCCCUCCAAGCAUAAUCUCCUCUCCUAUUAUUUUGUGUAUGUAAAACUAUAAUUAUCGUCUAUAAAAUGUGUUUUGUGUUAACAUUUUUGGGUGUCUGUGGGAACAUUAGCUUUGGUUUGAGUCCGACCUUCUGGAAGAGAUCAAUAACGGCUAGGCGCCACCGUCAGGAAGGAAGUGUUGUGGGAGAGAGCGAGGAGGAGACAAGUGUACCAGCUGAACUGUGUUGGACGUGAGCCCUCCUAUUGGCAAUAAAACGUCAGUCUGACUCUGGAAGAACGUUGCGUUACGUUAGCCACCGCAAGAAGUCCCAGAGGUAAAGAAAACAAACAAGGAACUCCAACGCUAACGUGUCUAUGUUGUGUCUCAUUUUCUUUUCUUAUGCCUACCAUAUUCGGUAAAGGUGACUAAUGGGUUGUUAUGUCAUGUCUUGAGGGGUCUAAUAAUGUUAAAAACUCUAUUUAGAAGGUCAUAAAACUUGUUUUCUACAUUCUAACUAUGAAAAUAUCCCAUUUAUAAAUAAGGAAUCCUACUUUGUGGAAAUUCACUUAUCACGGUCGGGUGUGGAACCAAUGAACAGCGCUACACGAGGGACUACCAUAAACACUCACCGCCACCUUUCAUUAUCAAAAUCAAAAUAAAGAAUCCAAUAAUAAAAACCUGUGAUGGUUUAGCGUUGUAGUUUCCUACCUUCUCUUGAUGAACUGUCAUUCCCCAGUGAGACGAGUCUGUAGAAAAUGAAAUAGAUUUUAAAGACAUUUUAUGACACAAAAGGUCGUGUGUGCUUGUGAUGACGUCUUCUACUUACAGUUCAUCUUGGUCUUUUGUCUGACAUUUCUUCUUUUUCUUCUUCUUGGCUGGACGCUCUGCUGGU